ACCCCGGCCUUUGAAGUGCUGCUGGUGGCGGCCACGGAGGUGCCACUUCACACCUCGGACUCGCAUAAAGGCGAGGCCGGCCGGGAGACGCCGGCACACGGCCCCGCAGCAGCAGCCAUGGCAGCCCCCGGCCUCCCGCUGCCCCCCACAUCCCUGCUGCAGCACUGGGGCUGCCGCGGGCCCCCGGACCCCGAGGGCUACAGCAGCAGCUCGCCCGCAGCCUCGCCCGACUCCUGCGGCCUCUCAUCGCCCGCCGCUGCCCGGGGACCCCGGAGCGGCCCCGCUGCCCCUCGCGGCCCCAGGGGCAGGAAGGGAGCGCGGGGAGCGGGGGGCCCGCGGCAGAGCGCCAGCGAGCGGGAGAAGCUGCGGAUGCGGCGGCUGGCGCAGGCCCUGCUGCGGCUGCGGCACUACCUGCCGCCCGCGCUGGCGCCCGCCGGGCAGAGCCUCACCAAGAUCGAGACCCUGCGCCUGGCCGCCCGCUACAUCGCGCACCUCUCGGCGCUGCUGGGGCUCAGCGAGGAGGCGCUGGCCCGGCGGCGGGGGGCGGCGCCCCGGCACUGCCCGCUCUGCCCCCAGGGCCUGGGGUGCUGCCGGAGCCCGGACCCCCGCCCGCUCCCGCCCGCACCGGCCCCGCGCGAUGCUUCGCCCCCCGGCGCUGCGGGCUGGGGGUCACCUCCCGUGGCCGGGCCCCCGCCGGAGCUGCUCGGGGCUGCCGGCGUGGGGCCGGGGGCCUGGGGGUCGUCGCCUCCCUGUGGCGCUGCAGCAGGGCCCCCCCCGGAGGUGCUUGGGGUUCCAGACCUGGGGCCGGGAGCCUGGGGCUCGCCCCCCUACAUCCCUUCGGUGAGGACCCCCCCGGAGCUGCACGGGAGCGCCGUCACCUCCGACACGUGUUCGUGGCCAUCCCCCCUUCAUGGGGCAGGAGCUCCUCCUGACCUCCCUGGAGACGCCCUCCUGGAUGCGGGGCUGAUGCUGCCAGAGUUUGUGGAUGCAGGGACUGUCACCCAGGACCUGUCUGCAGACCUGCUCUCCCUUUUGGAAGCCCUGCUCCCGUCACAGCGCCAGGACUGACCCAGUCAAACCCCAGCUGCCCGGUGCCAUGUGGCCCCAUGAUGCACUACAUGGAUGAAACAGCUCGUGGGACCGUGUCUCCUCUUGGACAGUGGGGGGGCGGUGGGAAGGAGCUGCCUCUCAUGUGGGCCUGGAGCUGUGCUGGACACGCUGGGGUGCUGCGACUGUACAUAAAUAAACCCUCGUGCCCCUC